ACAUAGACGGAUGGACAAAUGGACCUGAUUCAGGGAAGCAACGUCCAGUAAACCUUGAAGAGAGAGAGAGAGAUUUUUGACAAAAACCCAUUCAGGUUAGGAUUAGGAACUUGGAUAGUAUAUUUCAGAAAUAGGUAUAUUUAUAUAUGGCUCCGACUAAAAAUAAACUUCGCUCAAGGGAGCCCAGAAACUCUGGAAUGGAUUUAUUAUUCAAAAAAUAUUUUAGCCAAAUUUUCGUUAAAAAACUAAUAUUUGAUCCAAAUUACUUAUCACCAGUGUGUUGGUUACUACUAAUAUUUGAAACAUUCCUGAACAUUAUAAUCAUAGAAAAAGUAAAGUAUACGGAAAUUGAUUGGAUAGCUUAUAUGCAAGAAGUUGAAGGAUUUCUAAAUGGAACGCUGGACUAUAAAGAAUUGAGAGGUGAUACUGGACCAUUAGUCUAUCCAGCUGGAUUUGUGUAUAUCUUUUCCAUUCUCUAUUAUAUAACAUCACAAGGAAAGAACAUAUAUUUUGCACAAUAUAUAUUUUUGGUAUUUUAUUUGCUACAGACAUUUCUCGUUCAGCGCAUUUUCAGGAAAACUUUGAAACUUCCACCUUACGCCUUAGUUCUAACCACUUUAACCUCUUACCGAAUACAUUCAAUAUUUGUAUUACGGCUCUUUAAUGAUCCCAUAGCUGUACUUCUUUUCUAUGUCAGUCUCAACUUGUUCUUAUCUAACAAAUGGCUGUUGGGUAGUGUUUUUUAUUCUUUGGCAGUUUCUGUCAAAAUGAACAUUCUCUUGUAUUCACCCUCUUUGCUUAUGGCAUAUUUAACAAAUUUGUCAUAUUCAGACACAUUUUACAAUUUGUUAGUUUGUGCCCUCAUUCAAUUAAUUUUAGGAACUCCAUUUUUAUAUGGCAAUAUAUUUUCAUAUAUCAAAGGUAGUUUUGAUUUUGGUAGAAUUUUUGAACAUAAGUGGACAGUUAAUUUUAGAUUCAUACCACAAAAUAUUUUUGAGGAUCGUUUUUUUCAUCUUCUCUUAUUGGUCCUUCAUAUAUCUUUGUUGAUUAUCUUUACACCGCAUUUCAAAAGGUAUUUGAGUAGUUAUGCUAAGUUGAAUGUGGUAACUGCACACUUAAAGUCUCAAAUAAAAAUAGAAAAGAAGAAACAAAAGCUAGAAAGUGAGAAAAUGACCAAAAAUCAAAAACAGUUCUUGGAUUCUUUUGAAAAACAAUUGAAAAGUGGGAGUGGCAGUGAAGCUGAAAAUGUUUAUGAUGAAAAUUCUAAAAUAGAAAAUAAUAUGUCAAAAAUCAGCCAACUUUUUGUUUUGCCGUUUUUCAUAACAAAUUUUAUUGGUGUUGCUUGUGCAAGAUCUCUACAUUAUCAAUUCUAUAGCUGGUAUUUUCAUAGUUUACUAUACUUAGUCUUUUGUACAGGGUUCAGCAAGCCAUGUUCAUUUCUAUUAUUAGGUCUUAUAGAAUAUUGUUGGAAUGUGUAUCCCAGCACAAACUUUUCAAGUAUUUUAUUACAUAUUUGUCAUUUCAUAAUAUUAUUCGGAUUGUAUAGAAAUAUAAGAAAAUAAUACUU